AUGAGUCGAGAAAAAGAAGUUGAAGAACAAAAGGCAGUAAGAUGUAUAAUCAGUUGCAUGGAGGAUAAGAAGAAAAACGCAAAUAAGCCUCGUAUAAUAAAGCACAUUAUGCUUGAGGUGUUCGCCAUAAAUGAACCGCAUGAGGCAGCAGAAGCAAUUCAUUUCGCUAAGAAUUCUCAGUUGUUUAAAGCAAACAAUGUGAAGCUGCACGAGCAUCUUGAAUAA